CCACAAAGUGUCUCUUUUCAAACAUCUCUUUUCUUUUCAUGUGACAAAAUUGUGGAGCUGCGGCUUCAUCCCAGUCGGUUAUGGGAGUAUAUAGGAGUCUUCUUGUUUGUUUUUUUUUUCUUCUUCUUCUUCUUCUUCUUCUUAUUCUUCUUCUUCUUCUUAUUCUUCUUCUUCUUCUUCUUCUUCUUCUUCUUCUUCUUCUUCUUCUUCUUCUUCUUCUUCUCCUCCUCCUCUUCUUCUUCUUCUUCUUCUUGUCUGGUUACUUUCUUUCUCUGUGGGCGUGUGUGUGCAUAUUACCCUUACCGCCCAAUUCUGCUUCUUUAGACUAUUCUGGAUGGUUUAUGCAUGGGAUAUGAAUGGGUUCUUGUCUGAUAAUUAUGACCCUGUGAUAUGUCAUUUUAAUGUCUGUUUGUCCAUAGAAUGAUACCUCAAUGACAGUUCCAGGUGGUGCAUGAGAAAAAGGUGGUUAUGUUUGCUUGCGGGUGCUGUUUUAGAGCUAAGCUAUAAG